AUGAUGGAAAAGAGACAACGUACUUAUACAAACGAUUCACAACUACCAACUCCACAGGAAGCUGCAGCUGGUCUUGAUCCAUUAGUUCAACCGAUUAAUGAUCAAGUUGGUGCACCAGUGUAUCUUCGUCGACAAUCAUCGGUUUUCUUUGUCCCUAUUAGCAUAGUAAAUCAAAAUGAGGAACAACCGGUUGAUGAAAAGAAAUCAAAACCUAUUAAAAAAUGUUUAACUUAUAUGGAACGUUUUUCAGGUAUUUUAUAUUCUUUAUUUGCAUCAUUAUUAUUUACAUGUUCGAAUUUUGCAUUAAAACAAUUGAAUAUUGUUAUACUUGAUGUUUUUGUUAUUCGAAUAUUUGUUCAAACAUUUUUAUCACUUGGAUUUAUUGCUUACAAAGGUUAUCAUCCAAUUCAUGAUUGUCAUGGAUUAUUAGUAUUGAUUCGUUCUUUUUUUGCUGCUGCCGGUAGUAUCUGUUUUUUUCUUAGUUUGUCUAUUCUUCCUCUACCAGAUUUAACAACAAUUCGAUAUACACAAGUUGUUUGGACAGCACUUCUUGCUUCAUUUAUAUUUUAUGAACGUAUUAACUUACCAACUAUUAUAGCAUGUAUAUUAACACUUAUUGGUGUCGUAUGUGUAGCUCAACCAACAUUUCUUUUUCCACAAUCAAGAAUACAAAAUGAAACAUUACAAAACAUAUCAACACUUAAUAAUAAUAAUAAUCAUAGUAAUCAUUUAUUUGGUAUGCUACUUGCACUUGCAUGUGCAAUUUCAAUUUCUAUCAGUAUUGUUUUAAACAAAAAAUUAAUUCAAAAAAAUAUUCGACAAAGUAUAAUAAUGUUUUAUUUUUUAUUAACGACACUUUUUGCAUCUAUUACAAUUCAAAUUUAUUAUUGGAAUUUUUCGAAAUCCAAUCAUUUAAAAUUUAACUUUAAAACAGUUUUUCUAAAAAAAAAUUUUAUAUUUGCAUCAAUUAUUGCUAUAUUACAAUUAUUUCCAAUGAUAUUAUCACAAAAAUCAAUUAAACGUGAACAUCCAUCAAUUGUUACAGUUGUACAAUCAUCUGAUAUACUUUUUGCACUUAUACUUCAAAAUAUAUUUUCAUCAAUUAAAACUAAUUUUCUCGAAUUAAUUGGAUCAAUACUUGUUCUUACUAGUAUUUUCAUUGUUGGUGGUCAUAAACUUUGGUUAGAUCGACAACAUCGUACUUAUAUACCUACAUCAACACAAGAAAAUGCACUUAAAGUUGAAACAAAAAACUAA